AUCGCGACGCCGCGUGCGCAGCGCAUCACCAGCAAGGCUCAGUUGUGCCCCAAGAUCAACAGCAACCCCAAGUACCGCCGUGCGUCACUUGCGUCGGUGCAUAUCUCUCCCUUGAUCGGGGUCACGUUGGCGCUUCACUCGACCUACAAAAUGUGCCACCCCAACUCGUUCACGUACAACUUCCAAAAGAAUCCGCGCCGCGUGUUGACGAAACCGUCGGAGGGCAAAUUCAACAAUGGCUGCGACAACGAAGAUAGCGACUACAUCUUGUAUGUGAACGAUGUACUCGGCUCGCAGGAGGGCAAGAAGUACCUUGUACUCGACAUCUUGGGGUCCGGGACCUUUGGUCAGGUGGUCAAGUGCCAGAACCUCCACAACAAGGAGAUUGUCGCGGUCAAGAUCAUCAAAUCCAAGCCCGCGUACCUUAACCAGUCGUUGACGGAGGUAUCCAUUCUUGAGAUCAUCAACAACAAGAUCGACCCGCACAACACACACCACUUCCUUCGCUUGAAGGACAAAUUCAUCCACAAAAACCACUUGUGCAUCGUGUUCGAGAGCUUGGGCUGCAACUUGUACGAGUUACUCAAGCAGAACCAGUUCCACGGCUUGUCGCACAAGAUCAGUUCCACCUUCACACGUCAGUUGUUGGACUCGCUCGUGUGUCUUAAGAACUACAAGAUCAUCCACUGUGACUUGAAGCCUGAGAACAUUCUCUUGUGUGUGCCCAACAAACCUCUCAUCAAGAUCAUCGAUUUUGGCAGUGCUUGUUUCGAGCACCAAACCGUCUACACGUACUUGCAGUCGCGGUUCUACCGCUCCCCCGAGAUCAUCUUGGGCCUUCCAUACAGUUCAUCCAUCGACAUGUGGUCCCUCGGCUGCAUCGUCGCCGAGUUGUAUUUGGGUCUUCCCUUAUUCCCAGGCACGUCAGAGUAUAAUCAGUUGAGUCGUAUCAUCAAGAUGUGCGGUAUGCCUCCGGGCUAUAUGCUUGAAAUGGGCAAGAACAGCUGGAAUUUCAUUGACAAGGUGCCUGAGGAAAGCUCCUUCACAUACCGGCUCAAGUCCAUGGAGCAGUACUCGGCCGAAAACAACGUGCACGAGAAGCCUUCCAAGAACUACUUCCACUACGACCUGUUGGAGGAUAUCGUCCUUAACUACAACAUCCACCAAACCAAGACCGCGCCUGCGCCUGCCCAGUUGUCCUCCAAGGAGCUCCUGGAGCGCAAGACGCUCAUUCACUUUUUGAAAGGCUGCUUGAAUUUGAAUCCUUUGGAGCGCUUCACUCCACAACAGGCCAUCCAGCAUCCGUUCGUC